AUGGGGCACGUGCAGGGCUUGCGGGUGCCCGUGUUGCUCGGCGUCGCCGUCUUGCACGCGUGGGAGCGGAGCAUGGGGAGUGGGGGGGCUGGCGCCCGAGGGCUGUGGAGCCAAGCGCCCCCUCUCGACCCCGGCCUGGGACCUGUGGCUGCCUGCCCAGGGAGUGUGCCUGGGACAAAGGGGAAGUGGCUGAAGGGGAAACAGCUCCAGGAGGUGGGCGUGGGGACCGGCCGCCCGCGUCUGCCCGGGGAGCUGAGGGCCUGCAGUCUGUGGCUGGAGCCGGGAUGGACACCAAGGCCGCACCGCCAGAGAUGCCGAAACCUCUUCAGACAGCAGCAGUGGCUCCCACGUGGCCCUGUUCCGGCAGAGGGGCUGGCAUGCCCCACCCCUGCCGCAGCCCUCGUCCUCCCAGGACGCCGGGACAGUCCCUGUCUCCAUGCUGCCGGCCCGCGGCCGCCCCAGGCCCCUGGGGGCGAGGCCCUGCCCAGUUGCAGGUCCUGGGAACACUGGCCGUGCUGUGGCUGGGUGCCGGGACCCUCACCUACCUCCUGUGGCAACUGCCCGCUCCUCGUACCCGGAGCCAGGUGCACCCUGAGGAAGUGCCCACGAGGGCCUGGGCGCCCGUGGGGCAGGACGGGAAGGAGUCCCUGCCGGCUUGUCCUCGUGGAGAGUGUCCCCCAGGACCUGCCGUCUGCGGCCGGCAGCCCGUCUGCCCAGCCGCUGGCCCGGGCCUGGCUGCAGCUGCUGGACGCUGCCCAGGACAGCGUCCACGUGGCCUCCUACUACUGGUCCCUCACGGGGCGCGACAUCGGGGUCAACGACUCGUCUUCCCAGCCGGUGUGUCCCUUCCCCCGCCCCCACCCCGGGCUGACUCUGGGGCACAGGCGGUCCCCACCCUGCUCCACCCCGGGCUGGGCUCACAGCAAGUCGGACACCAGCCUGGGCCGGCUCCGCGGUGGGGCAGCCCCUCCUCUGGGGCUCUCAGGGCGGGUGUCGGGGUGGGUCCUGGGGACACAGCACUCCGACUCUGCCUGGCGGGAGUUCCGCUCCCGACCCAGGGUCAUCCUCGUCCAGAUAGCUGACGCGACACUGGGCGGGGGGCAGUCCACAGCCACCCUGCGUGUCUGCUGUGUGAGCUCCUCGCCCAGUCUGGGUCCACGGGAGCUCAGGGACGGGGCAGGGGCAGCUGUGCUCCAGGACCCAGAUUCCGGUGCCAUGGACUCAGGGGUUGUGGGGAAGCCAGAGCCACAGACUCGAAUGGCCCCUGUGACCCCCGGUCCUCACGCCCUCGUGUGCCCUGGCCUUGGGCGUGCGCAGGACCUGUGCCACACGCUGUAA